UGCUACAGUUUCACAGCAGGGAACAAAUCCUCAAAGAGUUCUUGCUUCAGCAGUGUUUGAACGGAACUUCUUCUUUUGUCCAGUUUUUUCUGACAACCAGUCAGCAACAAAAACACCAGCUGAAAUGGAUUCUCAGGUGCGUCAGAACUACCAUCGCGACAGCGAGGCCGCCAUCAACAAGAUGAUCAACAUGGAGCUGUUUGCRUCUUACACCUACACCUCCAUGGCCUUCUACUUCUCCCGUGAUGAUGUGGCCCUUCCAGGUUUUGCCCAUUUCUUCAAGGAGAACAGCAACGAGGAGAAGGAGCARGCUGAGAAACUGAUGAACUUCCAGAACAAGAGGGGAGGACGCAUCUUCCUCCAGGAUGUCAAGAAACCAGAGCGUGACGAGUGGGGAAGUGGUCUGGAGGCCAUGCAGWGRGCCCUGCAACUGGAGAAGAACGUCAACCAGGCCCUGCUGGAUCUGCACAAACUGGCCUCUGACCAUGUGGACUGUCAUCUGUGCGACUUCCUUGAGAGUCAUUACCUGAAUGAGCAGGUGGAGACCAUCAAGAAGCUCGGAGAUUACAUCACUAACCUGACCAGCAUGGAUGCCAACACCAACAAGAUGGCAGAGUACCUGUUUGACAAACACUCCCUGGGGGGCAAGAGCUAAAGAGUGUCCAGAACAGAGCCUGGAGUGGAAAAUUAUAAUAAUCAUGCUUCUUCUCUAGUUGAACCAGUAAARCUCAUCAGUAUAUCAGUUACUGCAUCUCUCUGAAGAUGUAGUGUUACACCACCAUGUAGACACUGUUGUACCUCCUGUGRUGAUGAGCUGAAUAAACAUUUUGACCUGGA